AUGGUUAGAACAUAUGCCUUUAACGCCUCAAGUCGUUCCGAUGUGGUAUGUUAAGAAACUGAAAUUCAGAAUUUUAUCCGGAUCUAUGUACCGUGAAAACCACUUUAUUGGUUUGGGCAUACUCCGUUUAUGAUACCAUAAUUUAUUUCCGGAUAUUCUUUUUUUUCAGUUUGAACAAUACAAACAUACAGCUUCAACACCUCUUCAUCAAAAUAAUGGUGGAUAUUCAAGAAGAUCACAAGAUACAAUAUCUCCAAGUUAUUCGGAUUCCAGGUUUUUUUUUUCUAAAAUUUUCCUAAUGGCCAAAGAGCUAUCACCUUGAUUUUUCUCUAUAAAUCACUUUAACUUCAUCGGAUUAAGCUCAAAGUUUUUGAGCUAUGUUAGUCACUAGUGAAUAUUUCGAAAGUAUUUGUCAAAAAAUGUUUUCUUGGUGGAUGUUCAGAUUACUUGAACUGAAAAUUUUUAGGAUUCUGAAAAUUUUCAAUUUUCCACUAGUGACUAACAUAACCCAAUCCGAUAAAGUAAAAGUGAAGAAAAAGCAAUAGGUGAUAGCUUUUUGGUCACUACUGUACUUGAAUUUUCCAUCUUACCCAUAAUUUUUUCAGAAUAAAAAAUAAUGAAUCACCUUUGCAAGCCAACAGCAACCAAAAUUAUCAAAACUCAAACGUAAACACAAAUUCACAUUCAAACAAUGUGAAUUUCCCACCAAUUAACCAAUCAAAUAUUUAUCAAUCAUCUUUCCAUUCUUCAAUGAUUGAUCCAAUUGGUUCUAUUGUUGGAUUGCGAUUGAUAUAUAUGGAUGGGCAAUUGGUGUAUGUGCCGGUGGAACCUCAGCUCAAUUUUUUGAUUAAUAAACAUUUUGGAUCUUCAAAUCAAUUGCCAGUUAUGCCACAACUUCCGAAUCCAAUGGUAAGAAUGUUUUCGAGCGCUUUCAAAAUUUUGUAAUUCGUUUUCUGUACAUCAGAGUUUUAGAUCCUGAUGUUAUUGGGAAUUGACAGACUUUAUUUUCACACUCAUUGUUUUUUGAUUCCAAUUUUUAGGAGUUAUUCUAUAUUUUCCAAAUUUCAUUUUUUUCAAUAAUUCCCAGAGCAACCUAUUUUUCAGACAACUUCCUUGCCACCAAUUCAACAAUUUCAACAACCGCAAUUUCGAGAUGAUUAUCAAAUUCAUCAGAAUCAGCAGCAUCAACAACAAUCUAUGAAAACUGAUUGGAAUGAUAAUUACACAGAUAAUCGGAAAAACUCAAUUGUAAAUGGCCGAAAUUCAGGAAGUUUACCCAAUCUUUCUCAACAGCAAAAACCGUCAGUUUUUUGAAUUUUUCACAGAAUUGUAGAUUUUUCCAGAGUUUUGUCACUACAAGAUCAACACAAGUUAGAUCUCGCCAAGCAAAUUGAGGAUAAUAAGAGGCGAAGAGAAGCUGAAAAACAAAAAGAAUAUGAGCUGGAACAACGAGAAAUUAGGAGGUAAUAUUGUACAUAACAUUACAAAUAAUAAUUCUAAUUAUCAUUUUUCAGAUGGGAAGAAUAUCAAGCAAAAAUUCGUGACGAAGAAGAACGUGAUAGACGUGCUGUAAAAGAAAAAGCGAUGGCAAUGGAACGAAGAAACGAACAGAUUUAUGAGCAACAAAGGGUUAGAUUGAAUUUGCCGAAAACAAACUUUUGUUAUUUAUUCAGAUUGAAUCAGAGAAUCGAAAGCGGGAACAUCGGAGACAAUCAUAUGCAAAACCACAACAGCAAAACAAUUAUAGAAGUCAGAAUAGUUUUGACGAGGAACCCAUAAGAGCGCAGAGACAGAGUGAAGAUGGAGGUACGCAGGAGAGACGAUAUUCAAAUUCAGGUGAUUUAGAAUAUAAGGGAAAUUUGAUGGAAAUUCAAAGAGCUUCCUGUUUGAAUUAUCGAAAAUUGAAUUUUUUCCAAAUUUCAAUUUCAAACAUAUUUUUAUAUCGAAAAUUAUUCAGACACUCCUCGUUCCAUCCAAUUUUGAAUAAAACAUUAUUUUGCAAAAUGUUAUGCAUCAGUAAAAGUUCAUAUAAAGUUCUUUUUCAGAAUACAUUGCAAAACCACCAUCUCGCCCGAUUCGCCAAGAAUCACACACCCCUCCUCAACAAACAUCAGCAAAUCAAUCUCGUCCAGAUUCCAGUCAACCAAGAGAAAUCGAAUGGUGGGAAAAGAAACCAACAAAUCAAGAAAGGGUAAGAUUAUCUCUCCAAAUUUCUAGAGCAAAAAAAUUCGAAAUAUGUAUUUUGCAGCAAACAGGUGAACGUAAAAGUGCAGUGAUUCCAACAUUGCGUGGUAAACCACCUGCAGUUCCAGAUAGUCAGAGGUAAAAGAAUUCAUCAUGUUUUUUUCUAUUUUAAACUAUGUGAGAAUGAAUUUUCAGGAGCAAUUCUGAGCAACAAACCAAUACGAGUCGCCCAUCAUCAAGAACAACCCAAACACGCAAUUCCAUUCGAACAAUUGCUAAUGAAAAUGAAUCAGAAAUCGAGCAACCUAAAAGGUCUUCAGCCAAGCAUAAAGCACCAACUGCAUUUACAAUUAGUGCAUAA